AUGGAUUACCAUGAGGCCCUCGGGCUACGGGUGUACCACUCCACCCUAGGAGGCAGCCCCUCCGGAGUGGUAAGAAAAGCCUCGGAAACCGGUGGGGACGGGCUCCCCCCCCGGUUUACACUGCCAGGAGCGCUUGGCACAACGGACAACGCCCCAACUUGGGGCUGCUGGCGUACAGAUGGCAUCAUACGACUGGCAUGGGAGGCAACCAAAUGUCUCCUGUGCCAGUCGUGGUUCACGCUGGCGAGGGACCUGACGGACCACCACGAGGAACAUCACGGCGAUCACCUGCUCAGGUUUCGCUGCACGGGGUGCCGGACGCUCUUCAAAACAUUCCGGGGAGCGUCCGUGCAUCUCCCAAAGUGCAAGGGGUCUCCCGUAGCCGUGGGCGUUCUCUGCCCCGACUGCGGGAGGGUGUACCCCAACAAGCGAGGGCUGGGCGUCCAUCGGAGCGCCAACCACCCUGAGCAGGUGAACGUCGAGCGCCUGAGGGAGGAGGACAGACGUGCUGCGAGUGCAUCCGCACCUAUUCUACCUGCAAGGCCACGGAGCUCCGGAUGGACCGAGGACGAGGACCGGACCUUCAUCCGCCGCUACCUGGAGUUCAGGACUACCAGGAGGGCCAUGGGGUAUUCCGCCUACGUGGCCCUGGAACUUCCCCGGAAGACGGAGCGGCAAGUCCGGGACCGCCUCGUGACACUCCGGGGCUACCGCUACCCAUACGGCCUCCUGGACGCACCGGAGCCGCCUGCCCCCCAUCCUCCAUCACAGGGCCUGGCCUCGGCCCCCAGACGUGGACCAUCGACACCAGGAUCUGACAUCGCCCUGGUGGGACAUGACUCCCCCGGGGCACCUGGAAUCGACUUCACCCCGGACGGACAUGACUCCUCAGGGGAACCCGACCAAGACGCCACUCCAUCAGCUGGACAGCGAGGAGCACCUGGACUAGACGACACCCCGGUGGGACAUGACUUCCCCGGGGGGUCCCUAGUCCCACUAGGGUGUCAGGCCGGAGUCCUUGGCCGACGGCCGGCUCCCCGGACCGAUCGGGAGGACGGAUCCGGGCUAGGGGCCCCGGCUGAACCUCCCGAUGGGGAACAAGGGCCGGCAACGGCCACUCCCCUUCGGGAAACGCAUGUAAGGCACUUACCGAGACAGCGACCGCCUGGGGACUCUCCACCGGCGUCGCCUCCCGGGGCGGCUCCCGACCCCGGUCUCCGGCGUGGGCAUUGGCAGAAGGUCCUUGAUGAAAUAUUGGGGACCGAGCCGGUGUGUCAUGUCGGGGCCCGGCUUAAUGAACUAGCAGCCCAGGAAGGCGACAUCCAGGUUCGGCUGGACGAACUGGUGGAGGAGCUCCAGGCGGCCAUGGUUGCAACGCAACCAGUGACGGCCAGGGUGAGGCGGCCGGCGUUCCCCACAACCGGGCGUUCUGAGAGAACCCGCCGUAAAGUGACGAGGUAUGCCCGAACCCAAGAGCUAUAUAAGAAGAACCCAUCGUGCCUGGCAGAUUUGGUCCUCAAGAAUGAACUUGGGGACCUGCUGGCCGAUGGGCCUCGUGCAAUGCCACCAAAGUGGGAAACCCUCGAGCUUUACCGGGGGAUGUGGGGAGCGCCGGUCGACUGCACCCUGAGCAAACGGGGCGUUGACCUCCAGGAGGACGAGCUCGUUGAGUCCUUCUCUGGGGACGAGGUAAGGAGGCGCGUCGGGAGACUCAAGGCCGGGGGUGCCCCCGGCCUAGAUGGAGUAACGAAGAGGGCCAUUACCGGUUAUGCUGGCGCGGCCGGGACCCACUCCGUUCUCUUUAACAUCUGUCUCUUCCGGGGCGCCUUCCCCUCGUCAUGGCUCAGGAAUCGAACCACCCUGAUUCCGAAACCCGGGAAGGACCUUGCUCGUCCUGAAAACUGGAAGCCAAUAACAAUUGCCCCUUUACUGGCCAGGAUUUAUAGCGCCGGCAUUGAGGCCCGGCUGACGGCCCGGGUAAGUCUCUCGGACCGUCAGCGGGGCUUCAGACCAGGGAACGGAUGCCUCGUCAACUGUACAAUAUUGGACGAGGUCAUCCGCCUGGGUAAACGUUCGGAGCUAGUCGGAGUGCAGCUGGACGUUUCUAAGGCCUUCGACACCGUGUCACAUCAGGCCAUUUUCACGGUGUUGGAAGCCCAGGGCGUUCCGGCUUGUAUCCAGCAGACCAUCCGCUGGAUGUACUCCGACUGCUCCUCAAGCCCAUCAUCGCAUUCUUCUUCUAGACGUGGAUCCGAAAACAUCAAAAAAUCGAGACUCACUCCAGAACACUAUGAUUACAUCGAGGGAAGUGCUGCCGGCACCCCCUGA